AUGACCGCCCCCUCUCCUCUGAAUCCUGAAGGUUUCAAAGCUUCAGACCAAAAUGAGAGCAGCAUCACUCUGCAGUGGAAUAAAGUCAACAACAACGUCAGCUUUGUUCUGCAGUUUAACAACUCGGACACAAACAUCAGUUCACCAGAUGGAGCCGAAGCAGUAACUCACACAGUCUCACGUCUCACUGCUGGGACCAAAUAUACCUUCACUCUCUUCUCUGUGUUUGAGGACGUCAGGAGCAGUGGAGUCAGCCUCACUGCUGUCACUGCUCCUCUGAAUCCUGAAGGUUUCAAAGCUUCAGACCAAAAUGAGAGCAGCAUCACUCUGCAGUGGAAUGAAGUGAACAACAACGUCAGCUUUGUUCUGCAGUUUAACAACUCAGACACAAACAUCAGUUCACCAGAUGGAGCCGAAGCAGUAACUCACACAGUCUCACGUCUCACUGCUGGGACCAAAUAUACCUUCUCUCUCUUCUCUGUGUUUGAGGACGUCAGGAGCAGUGGAGUCAGCCUCACUGCAGUUACAGGACCAUACUAUGUUUUAGUUAUGAACCAACAAUUCAAGUCUUUGACCAAACUGUCAGAAACGGACAUAAAAGACACAAUGGCUGAGCUCUUCAGAAAGUACGGCCUGCCACCAGAGCUCUCUGUGAACGUCCUGUCUGUUAAACCCAGUGUCAGUGGAGGGAAGGGAACUUCUUCUUUGGCUGCAGAGCUGGAGCAGAACCGAGGAUAAAGCCUUCAGGACCUGCUGUUAACUCUGAGAAACGUGAGGUCUGUGUUUAACAAGACAGACGAGCAGCUGCUCUGAUUCAGAGCCAACAUAAACACCAGGAGUGUAAAGUUCUGUGUUUCUGAAGGAAACAGAGGAGGUGAGGAGCAGGUCUGGAUGGACACAUGAAGCCUUGUGAAGCUUUCAGACUUUUUCCUUUUCAGAAAAAGAUUUGAAGCUUAAAAACCUGAAAUAUGCAACAUUAGUGACAUCUACAGGUCAGCUGCAGGUACAGCAGCCACACAAUACUUUGAAAUGAUUCACAUUUCUUCUUGUUUCCAGCUCCAAAUCAGAAACUUCAGUUAGUUUUUAUCUGCUGUCUGACGUCAAACAUUUAUUGUCCACAUUUCUUUUUUCUGAAAUUCUAAUUUUCUAAUAAAAUAUUUAAAUAUGU